UUUAGAAAGCAUGUGGGUAUUAAAAAUCGUCAAUUGUCAAAAUUCGGCAUUGUGAUCAGACAUUUUCUUUAUAUUUUUUGUGUGAAAUAUUUCAUUUUGAGUUUACGUAUUAAGAUUACAGGAGAAUAAGAUUAUUUUCAUCAAUACUUCCAGUUAAAACAUUGAUUAUGUCUGCCGCUCAGGUAUUUAAUAGAAUCGGACAGGUUGGAUUAGGAAUAGCAUUAGUUGGAGGAGUUGUUAACUCUGCCUUGUAUAAUGUGGAUGGUGGACACAGGGCGGUAAUUUUCGACAGAUUCUCUGGAGUUAAAAAGCAAGUAAUUGGAGAAGGAACACAUUUUUUCAUUCCAUGGGUACAGAAACCAAUCAUAUUUGAUGUUAGGUCUAGGCCUAGGAACAUUCCUGUUGUAACUGGAAGUAAAGAUCUGCAAAAUGUCAACAUCACCCUUCGUAUUCUGUUCAGACCAGUCCCAGACGAGCUUCCGAAAAUAUACACUAUCCUAGGACAGGACUACGAAGAAAGGGUACUACCAUCGAUCACCACUGAAGUUCUCAAAGCCGUAGUAGCUCAGUUUGACGCAGGAGAACUGAUCACCCAGCGUGACUUGGUAUCACAAAAAGUCAGUGAUGAUCUGACAGAAAGAGCGGGACAGUUUGGUGUGAUCCUAGACGACAUUUCUUUAACACAUUUAACAUUCGGUAGAGAGUUUACACAGGCUGUUGAACUGAAACAAGUUGCACAACAGGAAGCAGAAAAAGCUAGAUUCUUGGUAGAGAAGGCAGAACAGACCAAAAAAGCAACAAUUCUCUCAGCUGAAGGUGAUGCCCAAGCUGCUAUUCUGUUGGCCAAAGCUUUUGGUGAUGCUGGAGAGGGUCUUGUCGAAUUGAGGAGAAUCGAAGCAGCUGAGGAUAUUGCCUAUCAACUGUCCAAAUCAAGACAAGUAUCAUAUCUUCCGGGAGGUCAGAACUUGCUGCUCAACGUGCCAACUCCAGGAAACUAAUAAGGGAGCUUUUUAUUUGUAAUGGAUCUACUACAGGAAGUCAAGUGUUGCUAUUUUGGCUUCAGGAGUGGGAUUUUGUCAGUAGAAAGCUGGGAUUUGUGGAGCUAUACAUUUUCUUAUUAUUUUUUAUAAGCGUAGUUGUACUGUACUGAUUUGUUAAUAAAUCGUUAAGAAAUUGA